CACGUAUCUCGACGAGCGGCUUUUUCUCCUUUCAAGGCCAUCUGCAUCUCUCACUGCAAACUCCCUGCUCUUUUAUUCAUUUGAGAGUAAUUGAAGCUGGUCUGUUGGAGACUCUGUUGCUUGAUUAGAGUGUGAGAGAUAAACAUGGAGAGCAGUCCGCCGCCGGAGGAAGAAGGCGGGAUCCGUGGACGCGUCCGAACGUUUGAUGCCUUUCCCAAGGUAGCACCGACAUACACAACACAGUCCUCACAAGGCGGCCUUGUGACGAUUCUACUCGGCCUCCUAUGCACCUACCUGAUCUGGACCGAGAUGGGCAGCUACCUCGCGGGCGUGGAAGACCAGCAAUUCGUGAUUGACGACAAAGUAGGCUGGGACAUGCAACUGAACUUUGACAUCACGGUCGCGAUGCCGUGCGUGACGCUGCACGUGAAUGUACAGGAUGCAGCGGGGGACAGGCUGUUGGCGGCCGAGCUGGUCGAGAUGGAGCCUACGGACUUUGACCUCUCGAGCACGCACGAGCUCACGAUCGACUCGCGCUCGGAAGCGCAGGAGGAUGAUGACCUGCGGACUGUUUUCCAGCGCGCGAAAGCAGCAAAGAAAUUCGCAAAGACAAAGAAAAUGCAUCAUCCGAUGUCGCCCGCGUGCAGAGUGUAUGGGUCGAUCAAGGUGAAUAAGGUCCAGGGCGACUUCCACAUCACGGGCAAGAACUUUGCGUACGGCGAUCGCGACCAUUCGCUGCUCAGCCAGGACGGGUUGAAUUUCUCGCAUGUUAUUGAUGAGUUUUCGUUUGGUGAAUAUUAUCCCAAGCUGGAGAACCCGCUCGAUGGAGUCGCUGCUAUAAUAGACUCACACAUGUUCCGCUACCAAUACUUCCUCUCCGUCGUCCCUACAACCUACGUCGGCUACGGCGGCCGCAAGGUAAUCCACACAAACCAAUACGCCGUCACCGAGCACCCCGUCGCGCGCGUUAGCCCGAUCCAACCACCCGGCAUCUUUCUCAAAUACGAAAUCGAGCCUAUCGGUGUCAUGAUCUCCGAGCGCCGCGUGCCCUUCCUGCAGUUCUUGGUCAGACUCGUCAACGUAAUCGGCGGCGUCGUCGUCUGUACCGGAUGGUUGUUUCCGAUUAUCGAUGGGCUUUGGGAAAAGCAUUGGGUGAAGAGGGGGAAGUCGGUGCCGAAUGUGACGCAGGGGAUUUUGGAUAAGGGAUUGAAGCGCGACGAUUAAAAUUAUUUAGGGUGUUUUUUGUAUUUAUAGUCUUGUUU